GUCUGAACAUUUUCAACCAGUCAGUCUCAGUCAGGUCAGCGUCUGGUAAAAUGGCCGCUACCGAAAUACAAAUAGUUAAUCCAUCUAAUUUAGCUAAAAUUGAGAGUUUUCUUCAUGACCCUAGUUACAAGGAAAUUAUUGAAAAUUCCUCAACCUUUAAUUCGCGACUAUGUGCCGAAAGGAGGAUGCGUAUGCCAUUUAUCGAUACUCAAACGGGUGUCGCACAGAGUCAUUGCAAUUUAUUUAUGACAAGGAAACAGAGAAUGCCUGGAGCAAGAGAGGGGCAGGUGUACACAUAUCCAGCACAAAGAUGGCGCAAAUCGCGCCGCCAGUACCUCACAAUGUCGUCGACACGGUGGGGUUGGAGUGGUGCAGAUAACUUAGCGGAUCACACAGGCGAAGGGGAUAACAGCUCCGGCAUACCUGGCGAUAUUCUUGGCGGCGAAGACAGCCGUGACGGGUCACAGACUGCCGCUAAAGAUGAUCCAAAGGAAUGGUUCUAUGAUGAACUAGCAAUAGAAGAGAUGGAGACAGGAGAGGAGCCUGACCCGGAGUCGGACGAAGACUACUACGACGACACGUACGCGAAUAGGCGCAAGCGGCGCGGCGGUGCCACCCCCACUGGGCCCGGCAGCCGCGGCGGUAGGACCAGGAAGUCACAACCAGAUGAUACCCCUGCUAAAAGAGGACGUGCGGGUCGAGGCCGCAAGCGUGCUGGUCAAGGUACACUCCCGUACGAAGUGCCCGGAGACGCUGAGAAGCCGUUCGGCUGCGAACUGUGUGGCGCGAAAUACAAGACUCGUCCGGGGUUAACGUAUCACUUUACGCACACACACAAAGACCCGCCGCCGGGAGGCGCUCCGGUGGCGGCUGGCAGUGACGGCGACUCGCGGGACAGUCGCGCGGGAGCUCAUACGCCGCCCCAGCCGCAAUCCCAGCCCCAAGCGCCACCGCAGCCUGCCACUGAGUAUCAAGAUAGUUACGUGACGUUUUUGAAUAAUCCUGCCGGUGCUGCGACGUUAGGUGCUGCGAGUGGGGCUACGCCCCCGGCGCGGCGGCCAUCCCCGCCGGCCAGGCCCGUGCGGCCGGCUUCCGCUGACACUUCUUCCUCCGAUUCUGCGCACGCGCCGCUCGUACCCCCCGGCACCGCUGCUUCCGCCGCCGCUGCCGCCGCUGCAGCUUCCGCCUCGGCCCCUAGUGGGGUGCCUGAUGUAAAAGAAGGAGAUACUAAGGCAUCACCGUCACCGUAUUGCGAUUUCUGCCUCGGCGACGACAGGGAGAACAAGAAGACUGGCACUCCAGAGGAACUAGUUAGUUGUUCAGACUGCGGGCGAUCAGGUCACCCGACGUGCCUGCAGUUCACCGCGAACAUGAUAGUGUCCGUGCGCAAGUAUCGUUGGCAAUGCAUCGAGUGCAAAUGCUGCUCUGUGUGCGGCACUAGUGACAACGACGACCAGCUGCUGUUCUGCGACGACUGCGACCGUGGCUACCACAUGUACUGCUUGGCGCCGCCGCUCGACACGCCGCCAGAGGGCUCAUGGUCGUGUGCGCUUUGCAUCAAGGAGUUCCAUGCUGACGAGUGAACGACCAGAUGGUAGAUAUAAUAAGAGAAAGAGAUAAAUAUAUCGAGGGCUGUUUGGUACAUACGUACUCGUAAAUAACGAGUGUUUCUCGUCAUUUUAUAUAAGUUCGCUCGUAAGUGAAUAUUGUGACAGAUUGUACAUUGUUGCCAUAGAUUGUAGGGAGGUGGUCGGGUGAAGACUGACGGCUAGCGAAUAAGUUUUUCAUAGGCAAUUUAAAAGCUCAUCUACACAGAACGCAGCGCUGCUCGAACGUAACUUUAAUUUCUCGGCACUUUUUUUUAAUUUACUGUACCACUGCACCGUAUCGUACGGAUUUACCAUUAUAACGUAGUCUUGUACUAUACUAUAAAAACAUGCCAAUGUAAGAUUUAAUUUUCCGUGACAAUAUCGAGGACGUCCAUGGAAAUUUAACAAUAUUCUCAAACAAUACUAACCUAACCUUUUUUAACUUAGUGCACGUGAAGUCUGCUGAUUGAUCGAAGUAAAACAAUAUUUAUUGUAUUAAAGUUUGGCAUUCUUUAUUUAUUACAAUAAAUGUGCUUUACUUUUUAACUAUUUAACAUAUCUGAGUCCUCAGGAAUGGCAACGCAUGGGUGAUAUCAUGGGCGAAACAGUAUACUCUGUUGUGUCCAUGGUACUGCUCAUGUCUAUAGGCGACGGUUACCACUUUCCAUCAGGUGGGCUGUCAGCUUGUUUGCCAUUCUAAGUUGUAUAAAAAAAAUCUGGCAAUCCGUAUGUUUAUUUACCACCUUAGUUGUAUAAUAAAAGUUUACAAUAAUGGUACCUUCUUACAUGAAAACGAUAGUGUUCUAUGCAAUGUAUUUGUUUAUAAAAGUUCGGCAAUUUGUUCGCAAGUGCGCUGCGUUCUGUGUAAAUCGGUCUUUAUUAGUGAAGUGCUUAUAAUUUAUAUAUAUAAAUUAUAUAUAAGGUUUGUUGCUUAGUUGUUUACGUCAAUUUUAUAAAUAAAUAGAAAUAAUAUGUAUGCUCAAGUGUAAUUAAGUUAUAUAUUAUUAUUAGCAUUAAAAUAUGCUAUUCAAUGACUAAACACUAAUUAUAUAUAUGUAUAUAAUAUAAAAUGUCUAAAAAUAAUUGGGCACACAGCAGAAAACUUAAAAAAAAGGGCGAACACAAAAGAUCAUGGAAAGGUCGCAGUGUCGUAGAUUUUUUUGCUUGGAAAAAGCCCGUUUCAAUAAUAAUAAAUAAUCCACUAUUGGUGUACACUGGCGAAUCACCAGUGAAUUAUGGUACAAAAUGACAACAUUUACCAUGAACGACACUUACUCAUUUACCACGAACUAGAGUUAUGUACUUAUAACGCCAUUAUGUCUGUUCCAAUAUGUACAAUAAUGUUAAAACGAAAUUAAACUAUAUAUGUUCAUGGAGAUAUGUUUGUCAUAAAACAAUACGUAAAUUAGUAUCGAAGGCCCUAAAAAGUAAACGAAACAAGUAGGGUUGGUUUCACAAAAAAAAAAAAAAAAAAAAACACUUCAGUCCUGGCAUUACUACUUACUUUGAUUUAAAAACUAAACCAUAGAACCAAUUUUGUUAAAAUAUCUGUGAGUCUAAUAUGAAAGUACAUAUGUCAUUUUAGUUGAAAAAAAACUUUUUUUUUCAAAUCGGAAAAGUUCGAAUUAUAAAUAUUGCUGAAUUUAAUUCUAAUUCCUGCUGAAUGCAGCACGGUGCAACUACUUUAUUUAUUAAAACCUGCUUAAAAUAAAGUUUUUUUUUUUCACGAGUAUAACUCUCUUUUUUUUUUAUUAUUAAUUUAAUGAAUAUCAACGAUUUUAUGUAAAUAUUUUAUUAAAACGCAACAAACGUUUUGAAUGUGUCGAAUUAUUUUCUUUUAUUUUAUAAUGUAAAAAGAAAAUUGUCAAGAAAUAAAAUGACAAAAUCCUAUAUUUGUCUCGUGCCAGUCUACACUCGACUUUCCUUUUUCUAUGUAAGGGCUAGUUCACACGAGUGCUCGAGCGGUGACCCGGUGACGGGUUGUUGUCGAAUUUAUUUCCAAUUUUUAAAUAAGAUUGAUCAUUUUUAUAAAUAACAAUUGAAUAUCAAACAAGAAUAGUUUAGCAAAUGAGACUGGUAUACUCAAGUAGUUAAGUCGAAUUUUAAAUGUUUACGAAUUGGUCUCUUGAUGACCAUUGGACUGAACCACUGUUGAUUCUUGUAGUGUGAGUUGUAGAAAAGUAUGUUCCUAUGGCACGAUGGGGAUUCGUGGCUUACCACGUCCAUGGUAUAAGGUAUAAGAUGUCUAGUGUAUAUAAAUGUUUCCGUGAAUAAUUUUAUUACAUUUUGUAAGUAAAUCCGCUGUGCUUCUCGUGUGGACGAGCCGUAAUUCUCGUGUAUUCGAACUCGCGCUCGCGCAGCGUGUUUAUAGCAUUCUUUCUACCUCUACCGGUGCUUGCUUUAGCUGAUUUAUUUUAUUUCACAAUAGACCGGCUCUACGUAAUUUAUGGAGAGUAAUGAACAUACAGUUACACCAUUAUUAUUAGACGAAUGUUACUGAGUUUGUUUCCCUUUUUGUUUAUUGUAGGAAACUAUUUAAUCUAGACAAAUAUUGUUUUGCUACCCUUAUAAGGUACAUUUUUUUCUCAUCGUGGUAAAAACUAUACUAUUUUUAAAGUCAGAUCAUUAUACAUUGUAAAAAUUUCGAAAAGGAAACGAAAGAAACUAUAUAUAAUUAUAUAUAAUUGCAAUUGGUCGAAUUGUCCACUGUUGAAUAUAAGCCGCCCUUGGUAGGUUUGCCAGUAGUUGCCACGUUUGGCAGGCGGGUCGGCAACCGCAGUUUGACUUUGGAGAUGUUCUAAGAGGGAUCCUGUUGUCGUACCUAUCAUCGGAGUUACAGAUCACGUUUAUACAUCGCUUAAAAACACAGCUCUGUAAAGGUGUAACUGUGUGUGUGACUUUACACACAUAUUGUAAUAGAACGCGGUAAUGUCUCCGCUCAGUGAUUUAAUUUUAACCCUUUUACUGGCGGUGGCAAUACGUGUGCCACCAACAUUUUUAUGAUUUUUUUCCACUUUGUAGCACCAAUACCAUACUGGUGUUGGCAAGGAUAUUGCCACCAUGUUUUUUUCUUCCACUAAAUAUGAAUAUAUUUUUUUUCUUUAAUAAAAGUUAUUAAAGUACCCACAAUAAACCCAAAAAACGAGCUUUUAAUUUUCCGAGACACAAAAUUCUACCAGUUAGAGGGUUAAAACAGUUUUCACUUGGUCUAGUACCGUAUAUACAUAAAUCAAUAGUUAUGUCGGCUAGUGGUAUUAAAUGUUUCAUGAAAUAGCAGUAUGCUCCUUUUUUUUAUAAUAAAACCUUUAAAUAAAUAGAAUCUUUUUUCAUCGAUCAAUAUCGUAUUAAAAUUUAGUAUUCAUUUUAAAUAGCUUCAGCUUAAAAAUCUAUAUUUCCAAUUUGCUGUUUCAUGAAAGAUGUUUGCGAAAUUGUCGAAUAAUAAAAAACUAGUUUACUCAGUGUCAGAUAGAUGGCGUUAGGUUUUCAUAUUAUUUGCUGUCUAAUUAUGCAGGUUACAUUAUUUACAGUCUGAUUAUUUAAUAGGCAUAUGUUGUAAGUAACUAUUUUUUUUUAUAUAAUUUACAUAUUUACUUUGUAUAUUUUUAGCACAAACAUAAUUUCAAAUAUUUAUUUGUAUAUUUGUUUAUAGAUUAUGUGUGUAGCCACUUAUUAACAAAAAUUAAUAAAUAAAAACAAACCGCCAUUUAUAUGUAAUAAGUAACUAAAAUUAUAACUUUAAUUUCUUUUGGUGAUAAACACCUAGCGCCAUCUAGUUAUAGUUUACCACACUAAUGCAAGGAUUGACUUGCAAUUAUUAUUAUUUU